AUGGUCCAUCUUGCUUCUACCCUCGUCGCUGGCCUAGCUGGUCUGGCCAGCGUGGCCUCCGCGCAUCCAGGCCACGACGUCAAGGCCGAGGCCGCUGAGCGCGCUGCCUACCUCAAGCAUGCGCCGAAGCACGCGCGCAGUCUGAACCAGUGCGCCGACAAGCUGCGUGCUCGCGGCCAGGAGAGACAGAACGUCGCGCGUCGCGCCCAGAUGGUCGACAACCUGCGCCGCAGCAAGGGCCUGCAGACUCAUGUGACGGGCGAGUUGAUCCGCACCAACAUCGUCGAGGACCAGGAGGGCGUGCCGCUCUACCUCGACAUCCAGAUGAUCGACACUAACACCUGCGACCCCGUCUCGGACGUCUACCUGGACCUCUGGCACUGCAACGCUACCGGCGUCUACUCCGGCGUCGUCGCCAACGGCAACGGUAACGCCAACGACGAGACAAACCUCGACGCCACCUUCCUGCGCGGCCUGCAAAAGACCGACGCCGACGGCAUCGUGCAGUUCCAGUCCAUCUUCCCGGGUCACUACACCAGCCGCGCCACUCAUAUCCACGUGCUGGCCCACGCCCUCAACGAGACCACCGUCAACAAGAACAACAACACCAUCUCGGGCCUGUACACUGCGCACUCCGCGCACGUCGGCCAGCUCUUCUUCGACCAAGACCUCAUCUCAGCCGUCGAGGAGACCUCCCCCUACUCGACGAACACGCAGGAGCUGACCACGAACGCCGACGAUGGUAUCCUCUCCCAGGAGGCGGAGGAGAUCGACCCCUUCGUCGAGUAUGUGUUCCUGGGCGAUAGCGUGUCGGACGGUAUCUUUGCGUGGAUCUCGAUGGGCAUGGAUGCCACUCAGGAUAGUGAGGUUACCCCCGCGGCGUACUAUACCGAGAAUGGCGGUGUUGAGAAUGAGAACUCCGGCGGUAUGGGUGGUGGUGGCUCUGGUGGCCCUGGUGGCUCUGGUAGUGGACCGAUGCCGAGUGGAUCCGGCGGGUUCCCUGCUCCUAGUGGAUUCUGA